AUGAAGUCUACAUUUUUUGUGUGAGUUGUUCAUGGUGCACGAACGUACGAUCUGCGUACGUAGUAUAGUAUACAGUGCGCGUAUUGCCGGGCAAUUUACAUGUAAAAACAUAGCAUCACACACUUUAUAUACGCGACGACGACGGAUCAAUGAAGAAAAGAGUCGCCAUUUUAGCCAAGCCUACCCCUCGAUUUCGCUGCUAAGUAUGGGCAUAAAGGAACCCUGAAUUGGAGCUUUCUCGCACAGAAGGUCAAGUGUUGUCCUCGUUCCUGUCGACUUCGUCAUUUUGAGACGGGGAAAUAGUGAAAAAGGAGCGCCGAAGCCGAAAAAAUAAAAGGGUGUUUCCGCGAUUCCGGGUCGGGCCCGACGUGUUUGCAGAAGGAACGUGGCCCGAAUGGUCACGUGGUAAUUGCGGCUUUUUUCUACGACGUCCAUGGAUCACACGAGCAACUUCUGCACGCUUUGAGAGAAGUGUUUUUAACUUCGGGCUUCAGAAGUUGGCUGUUUUUCCUAAGAGAGAGUCUCGAUGCCUUGGUGGUGUGUCGGCCAUCUCCAGGCUGUGCUGCAUGGCUGCAAUGGCUCCAGCCUUGACUGAUACUUCUGCCCAUCCUUCUAGUUUCAAGCUACCAAUCUCGCCCUCUGAUCCAGAGAGGACCGGGUUUGAAGCGACACCCAGCGAUCCAACUAGUCCUGGGUUACCCAACGGCCAUACCAACUCCACUCGCACCCACAUCGACACAGAACAAACCAUCCAGGAAUCAGGGUUAGACAAAGAUUUAUUGUUAGAAGAAGGGAUUGAGGACCAGUUAAGAAGCAACAACCACAGGUCUAAAAUCCGACUAUUUCGAACAAACAAUCAGAGAGGUAGAAGCCAGUCUGACACCAGAGUACCGUUUCUUGGGAAAUUGGACAGGGGAAAGGUAGGCAGGACACUUACCUUUCCCUCGCCAACCAGGGUUCCUGGCCUGACGAACGGGAGUGACGUCCCUGCUCAGCACGUCACAAAGAUGAGUCAUUCGACUGUUUCAGGAGCAUAUGAUAAGCAGCAGCCUUGUCCAACAAGUGCACACUUGGCUUCAACCAACGCCAUGCCUCCAGAAACCUCAUCACUUUCUUUGGCAAAUAACACUGACGUGAUUGGUAGCAGUUCCACUGCCACAGCAGAUUCGUCUGAUGCGGACGAUGACACUAGAGGUGGGCAAGUAGACUUCCCACCUACUGAUGAAAUUGAUUGUGGCGCCCAUCGGGAUCUUGAUAUCUGUUAUGAGAAACUGGUCUCUAAAAUAAAUAAACAAAACAUGGAGGGAUGCAUUGGAGAUGGCAGAAGCAGUGGCAGAAACAGUGACCUGUUUACAGAGCUUCUGGAGACUGGACAAAUAAACGAAGUUGCAGAAGAACGCUCUAAACUAGCACAGCGUGCAAAGCAGCUUGUCCAUAAGCUCAGACAUCUUCAGACGCAGCAAAUCAGUUCACACACUCAACAACAAAUCAGUACCUUUGUGACAGAGCAGCACAAGAGGUCUGAGGAAAAAACAGCUGAGUUGGAAGCAGAAGGUUGCUCAGAUUGCAAGAGGAACUUGGCACUAUCAAAUGUUUCCAAUACACAUGGUCCGUCAACAUCCCAAAAGGGCUUCAAUGCAAAUGGUAAUACACUCGUUGAGGACCCCAAAGAUCAGCAGCCACGAACUUGUAUCCAUAAACGGAAGCUGUUGCCUGCUAGACCAGUUGAUGUUGACACCUCGGUGAGGGUUGUCGUGAAAACGGCAAGCAAACGUCUCCGUGCAAAGUUGGAGCAUGUUGAAAGCUGGGUGGACUCUGAUGAAACGGAAAGCAGCUCAGGAGGAGAAAGCUGUGAUGAAGGAGAUGACACACUCCCAUCCUACACACAAACCCGGCAAAAACACAAAGUACCAUUGCAUCGAAGAGCUGUGUGGAAGUGGGCCGUUGAGAGAGCUGCCAUUGCUAGUCGAUGGACGUGGCUGCAAGCACAAGUCUCUGAUUUGGAGUAUCGCAUCAGGCAACAGAGUGACAUCUACCGACAGACGCGUGCGAGUAAAGGCGUGGCAAUUCUGGGGGAACCCUCAUCACCGGAGGAUCUUCUGAAAGUACGAGUCAUGACAUCAACUAAGACCAAUAGGAAACUCUCUCCCAUCGAAGCCAAGAUCGCAAGACUUGGCAGCAACCAGGAAAUGUCCCCCUCAAACUUGUCCACUUUGCUAACCAAUGUCGACCAGCAGAGUGCAAGAUUAAAGAGAUCCCUUCAGAACUGUGUCACUCCUAUGGCGGGAUACCCAAUGCCCCCAUCAGCUACCAGUACACCAACAGGCACCAAUGGGAAAACGCCACCAACCAAACCCAUGAACGGCAUAGUAGGCAGUACCAGCUCACAUGGGAGUCCUAUGUUUGGUAGCACAACAUCAUCACAGGGGAAAGAUCAUAAACAAUUGCCAACAGGGAUUAACUCCUUCCCUUCCUCCCCAUCCCUCAUGCCUGCACUGUCUGAAGAGCAUUACUGUGCAAGGACACGACCAGUCUGGUACUUCCGCAAGCGCAAACUGAUCCGAACGUUGAACAUUCACGGCUUCGGUCGCAAGAUCCAGAAGUUGUCGACAGUGAGGUGUGGCUGCCACCCACCCCUUACACCGUGUGUGAUGUGUGGCGGCCGGUUCAAUCAUGUGGAGAAGUGUAAAGAGCCAGACACGGCCCCACUUAAUGAGAGAGUGGCUCAACUAGACUAUUCCUUUCAUCCAGUGCUUUCUUUCCCUCAAGAUAUUCCUCUGUCAAUUCAGUUUGAAGGAAUGAUGAAGACUAGCGAAUGGCAGCGCAAGCCAGCACCGUCAAAACAGUCGCCCAUGAGGAAGAAGCGUCGACCAAGUACACCGACAGAAAACAAAGAUGGACAGAGGCCAAAGAGGAAGUACGAGAGGAAGAAUAAAGAUAAAACAAAACUACUCCAAAGCUCCGGGGAAGACAAGUCACUCAAAAUGCUCCGCAAGCUGGCUGCCCAGACAAUGAAAGACAUGAGACACGGCAGAGGGGACAAGAAGAUCCUGAAGCGGUCCAAAGCCAACUCGCUACCCAACACCCCCAAGAAACUGCUGUCGGAGGAGAUCAAUAGACGAUGCCGCACAGAUAUCAAGAAGAGAAGAGCUGCCCAGCUGGCUAUCGCUGCUCUCAAGAAGACACGAGCCCGCAGUCUCUCCCUGCCAAACAUCAACGACCACUUUCAUCACGGCAUCAUGUCUAGUGCUCCAAACACCCCGACGGGCAUGGAAAACAGUUCAUCGGCACACCUGUCGCACUCCAUGCCCUCCAACUCCCUGCAGAACUUCCUGAAGCCGCGCCGGCCCGGCGGCAACUCUGACCAGUACGACAUUGACAACAUUGUGAUCCCCUACUCCAUGCUGGCCUCCACACGAGUGGAGAAGUUGGAGUACAAGGAGAUCAUGACGCCCAAAUGGAGGAAGAUCGCGGAGAAUGAGCUGACGGCAUGGAAGAAUCACGUCCAGGAGGUGAACAAUAUUGAGGAUUUCGAAACCUUGUCAGACAGUGAGGUCAUGGAACGCCACGCCAAGUGUGAAAUCAGCGAGCGCCAGAAAUUCCUGACCAUUCUGGCCAAUCAGAACAGCCAUGCCCAUCAACGCCGAGGGGCACGUCGUUCUCGCAACAACAGCCAGGGCAACACCCCAGAGCCUUACUCCCCGGAUGCAAACCUGUUUGAUCAAAACCAACCCUCUAGUGUGAAUUCCUCCAAUGCCCCAUCCCCGCUCACCACACAGGAGGCAUUGAGCCCGUCUGGCAGUUUUUCUCUGAGCGGCAAUGGAGGCGGUGGCAGCAGUGGCGGUGCCCAGCGGUCCAGAACUAGCUCAUGGGAGAAGCGGCGGUCAUCCAGCGCAAGUGACACCAACCUCGAGAACUCACAGCAAGGCAGCUUUGAAGAAUUGGGCCACAUUGACAAUCCCUGGCCCAUGCGCAUUUUCCCCCUGGAUGAGUAUGAAUGCAGUGAAUUAGGUUGUCAAUCAGAGGAAGAACAGGAAGCGGAGCUAGAGGUCAAAAAGGAAGUGGAGGCAGAGGAGAAGACGCCUUCAGAGGUGUCCUCCUCAAUGAGCCUGCAGAAUAACGUCAAGAUGGAAGAAGGAUCUUCACGUAGUAGUCCACUUGGGGAGCUGUUGGAGGACUCAUCUGGCCCUGAAGACAUAGAUGAUCCCAAUGACCCUGAGUGGACAGUUGUGUCACCAGACAGACAGCGUAGCUCCAUUGUUUUAAGAUUGGCCAAGAGGUGAAGCUAACUGCUACAAAUCUUCAUCCAAGAAGGUUCUUGUAGUCUCGGCCUACCUGAUGAAAGAGUCAAGGCCAAAUAUGGUAUGUCAUGUAUCUGUACUACACCAAGGUUUCAGACAACAGGUCUGUGAGAUAUAGAUAGUACAAGUAAGCCACCAAAAAAAAAUACAAAAUAUUAAAAAUUAAAAAAAUAAAGCAGGCUCAAGUUGAAAAUAUUUGUUGCUUGUUCUAUGUAAUAAGUGUUCAUACUCUGAAGUUGAUAUUUCAAAUUGGAAACCCAUUCACCGUCAGUGCCCUUAUUUAUCCCUUGUACUCUGGUCAUGUAAACCACACAUUGUUCUACUGCUAUGCAUUGGUGAUGUACAAUGUAAAUACAAUAUCUCAGUUUUGUCAAUACCCUAACCUAACAAGGAAAGUGUGCUGUAGAAGUACUUACACAUGUACAAUCGUGGGGUGGUUCUCUGUUUGUUUUGUUUCAAAGUUGAUUAAGAGCUGAAGUUCAAACACACUAUGUGGAGCAUGCUUUCUCUUUGCACAGCACGUAUUCUGUUUUCUGUCAUUCUUAACUGCGGCACACCUUUCUGGUUUUGCCGGUUCAGCAGAUCAUUGGACAUCUUAUAGAGGUGUGCGCUGAAAAUUCGGACCGAUCAUACCGUAUAGCGGGCGACCGGAUAAAAUUAAAGAUGUAGAUUUUUUUCGAAUCCGAUUUCACCGGAUCCGAUUUCACCGGACGCAAUAUUUAUGUUAACAAAUCAGAUUCACAAAGAAAGUCACAUGGUUGUUAUCAUAUGACUGUUCAUUAUGUGACCGAUCAUCAUGUGACCGGUUAAACGACAGAAUCGGGCAUGUGUGCGGAUAACGUUGCGGUCUAAUGCAGUGGUGCGAAAAAAAAACGUACCGGUUAUGGGGUGAUCCGGGAAACAGGUAAAAUCGGGAAGGUGUGCGCCUGGCUUUAAUGCUGUGUUAAAAUCAGAGCAUUUGGUUGGCACAGUGUUGACUGUGAAUGAUGAGUAGUUAGUACUAAAGCAGGGGUAUUGAUGUGUUUACUAUCAAAAAUGCAACCCGCCAAAAAGUAAACAAAACUGGAUUAUGUUUGUCACCUUGGGUAUAACAAAAGUUCUUUUUGUUUUGUUUAUUUUAGAUUUGAUUUUAUCAAGUUAGAGUUGACUUGUACUGUUACACCUAGUUUGCUGGAAAAACUCAACCAAAAUGUGUGAUUAUUGAUUCUGUAUUUUACGCAGUUCUUGGGAGGUGUUCAUUUGCAUUGCUGAAACACAAUUCGGUCUAACUCAUGAAAAACAAUAUAUCGCUUAUAUAGUGAGUGUUGUCAUUUUGCAGCUGGGUUUUUUUUUAUAUAAAUAAAAUAACACAAAAAAGAAAACGAUAUAAAUAAAUGAACUAGAUAGGUAUUGUCCAAAUUUGGUCUUUUCAAAUCGACUUUCUAUCAUUCACCUUCACAUUAUAUUUUGUGAACAAAAUAUACUACUUAGAUUUUAUAUUCCCUAGUAAUUUCAACCGUCAUACUAAGAUAAGAUGUUAAGCUAAUUAGCCUAGCCUUCGAUUUGUGAAACCAUUAUGUACAAGAAAGAUGGACGUAAUGCAUAGUUCAAUUAGGACAGGGUUUUUUUUAUAUGAUCACCCAGUCUGAGUACAUCAAUCAUUUUGUACUAAUGAAUGUUUGUAUCUAACAAGAUGCAUGCAUGGCAUGUUUGCCGUUUUGUUCUUGAUUUAUUUUGGGUUUUUUUUUUUUUACUUGCUUCUAGUACACAGGUGUUGUGUAAAAUGUGCCUGAUUUGGUUUUGUUUUCUGGGGGUUUUAUUUGGGGGGGGGUGUACAUUAUAAUUCUUAUGAACUCGUUUUUUAGUCUUCAACUGUUUUAACAAGCACAUCAAUCCCUUGUCGCAUAAAGUCAAGUAGAAACUUAUCUACCAAAAUUAUUAUUGUUUUUUUUUUUUCUUCAAAAUCAGGCAUUUUACAUGUUGAGUUCAGUUAGCACACACCAUAAUUCAUUUAUAUUAUUCAUUAUGAUUAAUGACACAGAACAAUCUUGUAACUUUGUGUAUGUUAAUAGGGUUCACAGAUGAACUGCUUGAUCAAUAUACGUGCACCAUUAGCUUUGCCCAAACCAUUUCAUUUUAGCGAGGUAUUUUCAAAAUGUAGGAGUACACGGCUAUCUACAUUAUACAUUAAGCAUUCUGUAUAAAAUUGUAUAUAGUGUAAAUUGAAUGUAAAUGAUGUUCACAUUGAAUUGGAGGUGUUGAAAUCUAGUACCAUACAUUAUAUUUCCAAUUUCGCCCAUGAAACGCCCUCCCUAUAUGUGUGUGUGCGAGUUUACUGCCUCAGUGGGACUGUAAACCGAUCAAUUCCCCUAUCCUGCACGUCAUCCCAGAAUUAGCUUCUUUCUUUUUGUUCUUCUCUGUUGAUACACGAUUUGUAUUGUCAUUGUGAAAAUGUAUAUUUUUGCAUACAGAAUGUUCUGGGUUAAACACGUUUUUUCUUUCUUUCUCACUUUCCUCAAAGAUAUCUACUGUUUGUAGGCGUGUAAAAACUGGUUACUCGUUUUUGAAAUUAUUACAAAAUGGUGACAGUCGUUAGUUCACCUUGGGGGAGGGGCAUUUAUUUUCAGAAUGCAGCCAUGUUUUGAGUAUCCCGGAUAAGUUGACAUAAUGUUACAUGAUAACGCUAGCAUUUUUGUUUUCUAACAGUUUAUUUUGUUGUACAGAGUAGAGCAACUAGGUUCGACUGUACAUUUCUAGAGUUGCUGGUCGCCAUUGUAUAUAAUGUUAGUGUUACUGUUUGAGCAGACGGGGCCUGGUCACUCUUUAUUCUUUACAUGCAAAAAACAGCCGCUCUGGUCGGUUUGUGUUACCAUCUCGCUACAUGUAUUUUGUAUCAGUAGUUGGGAGGUAAAAUAAUGUAAAGGAUAUUACUCGUAUUUCCCCAUGGAGAAACAAUAAAAAUGUGUGUACUGCAGGCACAUCUUCCUUGUAAAAUAA